AUGGCUUCAAGCACGGACAACAAAAUCACCCUCUAUAUGUGCCCUAUUGUAAUCUCACACCGGCUAUAUAUCAUUCUUUCCGAGCUUGGCCUCCCGUUCGAGGAGGUUGAGAUUGACCUUGGCCGGCCGCGCGACCCAUCCUACCUGGAGAUUAAUCCUCGUGGCCUUGUGCCAUCAUUGAAGUACAAUGGCGAGAUCAUUACCGAGUCUGCCAUCAUUGGGCAGUUUUUGGCAGACGCUCACCCGUCGCACCUCGUUCUUCCAUCAAACGCCCCAGGCGGCGCUCUCCAAAGAGCACGGAUCAACUUCUUUGUAGAUGCCUUCUGGAGCAAAGUUGUAGCCAAUCUCAUGACAUUCAUUUGGGCCAAGACGGACGCAGAGGGCGUGACUCAUAUUGAAGCCUAUAUCGAAGGGGUAGUGAAGGAACUGGAGCCGCUCCUCAAAGACGCAAAGCCCUUUUUCGGUGGAAGUGAUAAGCUUACAUUGGCAGACGCUCUCACUGCCCCAUUAGCCAUUCGCUUGUUGGCCCUUUUCAAGGAUGGGGUGAUCCCGAGUAACUUGGAAGUACAAUUGAAGGAGAAGGCGCCGGCUUUCUACGCGUGGGCAGUGGCCGUUUCAGCCCAUCCAAGUGUUACUGGGAUUUUCAAAGAGAAGGCAGUUGUGGAUUACUACAAAGGCCAAAUCAAAAAGGCUCGCAGCACGGAUUCAGAACAGUAG